GCGGCUUGUGGGUGAUUCGUUUAUUGCGGCAUUGAGUACCCCACAACCUAGGUCAGCAGAUGGCGGACCUUUCGGAAUGAACAUACAAACACGCGGCACAAAAGCCUAUGCGUACCUCCCUACUAGAUUAUCAUAUCUACUAUCAUUCCUCUUUACUCAAGUUUCCUUCUCUUAUGUAUAUGUGCACAAGAACUUCGCAAAGUGGUUUUGCUAUUGAUCGCGAGUCGAAGACCCCACAAUCGGGGACAAGGCUGGAAUGGACCCGAGUGCGAAUUUUGGGUUUCCAGAGUCCGGGCCCUUUGGCGUUUCUGCUUGUGCAAAUUAUAUACGUCUUCCCCCGAUCGAUACGCUAAUGUCGGUAUGUAUAUAGAGCUUCUUGAGGCU